GCUUUCAGAUAAACUGCUUGCCUACUUGCAGCACGGGCACGCUGCUUGGUCAGUGAGCACGCUUAUCACGGCCAAACGUAAGCGACGUGGGUAACGCGUUGAAGAACAAACGCUCGGAGCAUAACAGCUAGCCUAACUGCGGCGGAAGCGUAGGUUUUGAAGAUGAUGGGCGACGAUUUUGGCGCUUCUACAAGUUCGGCAGCGGCAGACGAACUUCACCGGGGGAUAUGUCUCGCCGCCGUUGGGGAACCUGCCGCGGUCUUAACCAUGUACGACGCACUCUCGGUUUGGACUGACGGCUGUUCCGGAUACGACGUGCUCUGCGAGAUUGGCAGUUUCUCCGUGGACGGAGUAAGCGGCGCAUAUGUCGACGGUGCCAGUCAAAAAAGGUACCUACGGCUUCCUAUCUCGCGGUGUCCUGGUUGGGAUCUGAACACCGCAAAUGAAGAUGCAGUUCUCAGAAAUAGGCUAUCCUCGCUACCAUCACCUGGGCUACUCCACUGGGUUAUUUUCAACAAAGACAAAGUGGCGGCUCGAUCAUCGAGGGAGGACAUACCUUCGUCGGUGCAAGGAAUGCACAGCCCACGCACAGAUUUCGUCUGUGGCCGACAAGUCUUGGCAAAGGUUCUGUGCACGCCGUUUGCGGAAAAAAUAGGCUGGCGGCUAGUGGCGUGUCGGCACCGAGGCAUCGUGUACAUCCAUCCAAUUCGUCCGAAUACAGAAGUGAAGCAGCCUCUCAACGACAGCCCCAACUGGAAACCGGAUCGCAUGCGUGACUAUGCCAACAGGUUCUGUCGCCUCAUGACCACGAGUGAUCCCGGAGCUUCUGCCGAGGAGGGUGAAGUCUGCAGGGAAGACGAUGCAUACAACGUCGUCCUCCGCUGCCAGCUUGGAUUGCACUCCAUCGUGCUAGGCGCCGAAGUUAAAGCGGUGGACCCCUCUGUUCAAUGCGAGCCGGGUUCUACGGCUGGAUACGUGGAGUUGAAGACGAACCGCAAGCACUACAAUAAGACGCAGCGGAACAAGUUCUACAAGCAGAAGUUAAUACGGUGGUGGGCCCACUGCCGCCUGGCUGGCGUCCCGAGGACAUUGUGUGGCAUUCGCGACGACAACGGGAUUGUGCUCUACAUCAGGGAGAUCGAUGUCAUGAAGAUGCCGGAGAUGGCUAGGGGACACUGGUCAGAUGACGUAUGCAUGAAUUUUUGCAACCGCCUGCUUUCCUUUAUCAAAGAGAAUGUUGAAGGGGAUGAUGGCAGGACAGCCUACCUUUUCGAGUAUACGCCGUCUUCACGGGAAGUCGCCUGCAAGCGCCUGCCAGAUCCCGAGAACAUUUACGGCAUCCCAGAUUGGUUCAUAGAGGCGUUUGAAGACUGUUGAUGCGUCCCCGUUCACUGCGCGCCUUAUCGCAGAUCAUGGGAGGAUUUCACGACCACUGUUCUACUGACGGCUUCAUUCUAGGGCAAGGUGUUCCAUAUUUCUUGGUCACCCCGCAAAACUUCUGCCAUUCCUCCAGAUGUAGUUCUGCUGCACACUGCUUUAUGGAGGGCGCAAAGCAUGUGGUUUAUAUUCUUUGUCAAGAAUUGUCACUAUAUUUAUUAAUGUUUCACAAAGUUGGUGAUUUUAAACUUUAACGUUUAAUGAGAGUGCUCUGUAAGCCACGAAAUAUUUUGAAUUAGAAUACAAUGUAAAUAAAUGUGUACAGACAUCGGAAUACUCGUUGUGGAUACAGGCAUACAAAUAAAAUGCACCUUUUCUGCA